AAAACUCCAAAAAACAAAACAAAACAAAACAAAAACAAAAAACAAACGAAAACAAAAAAAACUUUCAGCGACAAACACUUGCACUUCCACGGUCGACCAUUAGGUGUCACGAGUGCUACGGGAGCCCUAAGGGUUACCCGGGGCCAGUAGAAAUUGAACAUUGUAAGCUCAUAGACCUUCACGUAUUUCACUGUUUCCACAUGAUCGAUGCCAGGAGAACCUGAUACUGUGUGAUAUAUAGAAGCAAGAAACGGCCUGCACGAUAAAUCUUGGUCGACAGCGUGGCUGUUGGCCACGGACCUGGACUCCCCUGUGGCUUUCUAAGUGGAGAGCGUUUGGUGCGUGUUGUCCCAGCCUGCGGCUUGCAUCAUGCCGGCGUUGUCAACAGGAUCCGGUAGUGACACAGGUCUGUAUGAGCUGUUGGCUGCCUUGCCAGCCCAGCUGCAGCCACAUGUGGAUAGCCAGGAAGACCUGACCUUCCUCUGGGACAUGUUUGGUGAAAAAAGCCUGCAUUCACUGGUAAAGAUUCAUGAAAAACUCCACUACUAUGAGAAGCAGAACCCCGUGCCCAUCCUCCACGGCGCAGCGGUCUUGGCCGAUGAUCUGGCCGAAGAGCUUCAGAACAAGCCAUUAAACAGUGAGAUCAGAGAGCUGUUGAAACUGCUGUCAAAACCCAAUGUGAAGGCUUUGCUCUCUGUACACGAUACUGUGGCUCAGAAGAAUUACGAUCCGGUAUUACCUCCUAUGCCUGAUGAUAUCGAUGAUGAGGAAGAUUCCGUAAAAAUCAUUCGUCUGGUCAAAAAUAGAGAACCGCUGGGAGCCACCAUUAAGAAAGACGAGCAGACGGGGGCCAUUAUUGUGGCCAGAAUCAUGAGAGGAGGAGCUGCAGACAGAAGUGGUCUUAUUCAUGUUGGUGAUGAACUUAGGGAAGUGAAUGGGAUUCCAGUCGAAGAUAAAAGGCCUGAAGAAAUAAUUCAGAUUUUGGCUCAGUCUCAGGGAGCAAUUACAUUUAAGAUUAUACCCAGCAUCAAAGAGGAGACGCCGUCUAAGGAAGGCAAGAUGUUUAUCAAAGCCCUCUUUGACUAUGACCCUAAUGAGGAUAAAGCGAUUCCAUGUAAGGAAGCUGGGCUUUCUUUCAAAAAGGGAGAUAUCCUUCAGAUUAUGAGCCAAGAUGAUGCAACAUGGUGGCAAGCGACACAUGAAGGUGACGCCAAUCCCAGGGCGGGCUUGAUUCCCUCAAGGCAUUUCCAGGAAAGGAGAUUGGCUCUGAGACGACCAGAAAUAUUAGUUCAGCCCUUGAAAGUUUCCAACAGGAAAUCAUCUGGUUUUAGGAGAAGUUUCCGUCUUAGUAGAAAAGAUAAGAAAACAAAUAAGUCCAUGUAUGAAUGCAAGAAGAGUGACCAGUACGAUACAGCUGAUGUGCCUACAUAUGAGGAAGUGACACCCUAUCGGCGGCAAACUAAUGAAAAAUACAGACUCGUUGUCUUGGUUGGUCCCGUAGGAGUAGGUUUGAAUGAACUGAAACGAAAACUGCUCAUCAGUGACACACAACACUACGGUGUGACAGUGCCCCACACUACCAGAGCAAGAAGAAGCCAGGAGAGUGACGGUGUGGAAUAUAUUUUCAUUUCCAAGCAUUUGUUUGAGACAGAUGUACAAAAUAACAAGUUUAUUGAAUAUGGGGAAUAUAAAAACAAUUACUACGGCACAAGUAUUGACUCAGUUCGUUCUGUCCUGGCGAAAAACAAAGUUUGUUUGUUGGACGUGCAGCCUCACACAGUGAAACACUUAAGGACCCUAGAAUUUAAGCCCUACGUGAUAUUUAUAAAGCCUCCAUCAAUAGAGCGUUUGAGGGAGACAAGGAAAAAUGCAAAGAUUAUCUCAAGCAGAGAUGACCAGGGUGCUGCAAAGCCCUUUACAGAAGACGACUUUCAGGAAAUGAUUAAAUCUGCACAGAUAAUGGAAAGUCAAUAUGGCCAUCUUUUUGACAAAAUUAUAGUAAAUGAUGACCUCACUGUGGCAUUCAAUGAGCUAAAGACAACUUUUGACAAGUUAGAGACAGAAACCCACUGGGUUCCAGUGAGCUGGUUACAUUCAUAACUAAGGGAGGUCCCAUGAGCAUCUUUUCUGUAGAGUGCAUGAUGGAAUCAGUUACCAUUUUGGUGGUAGGGUUUUUUUUUUAAUCUAUAUCACUGUUGUAGAUGUGCAAUCUUGGUUAAAACUGAAUGCUGGUUUUGUUUGUAUCUUUUUACAGCCUUAUUUCAAACACAAUAUUUGAGUAUAAGAUCCAAAAUCAAAAUCCGCACAGUAUCGUAUUCUGAGCAGAGCUUUGAACCUUCUGAUUGUCUUUAACAUGCAGUUCUAGCUCCAAGAUAAGGUUGGACGUUUUAGAAAUAGCUAGAGAAUAUAGAUAUUGGAGUUCAGUGCUUCAGUUGGUCUCAGACGUGGGCCCUGCCAUCAAGUUUGUGGGUUAGCAGUUAUUAAGUUAGCAGCCUUGAACAGCUCCAAAGAAACAGGACAUCUUUGCUCUUCUUUGGAUGGGUCAUUAUAGAUUUACCCAGGCUAACAGUAAGGCAUCCCCUUAUUAUUUUAAAGUGCAACCUUUUUCUUACAUAUAUACAAUAUAUUCACAGUGGCCUUCAUGCUAUAGCUUGAGAAGGCCUUUUUAUGACUACAUAUCAGUGACCCAAAUGUUUAAGAAGGGAGGAUGGACUUUUAGAAAUGAUUAUAUCCGUAACUAAAAGCCUUUCCUCAUGGUAUUAAUCUUUAUCAGGAUGGUAAUAUCUUGGGGCAAGUAACGAUCAUAUAGGACGUUUUUAUUUGUCAAUCCUCAAACAGGAGUUCUAGAGUCACCAAAGAGGUGAUUCUAGCUGGCUUUGGAUUUUCCCAAUAAAUUGUAAGAAUGUGAUACCUAUUCUAAAAGUAGAUGUUUUAACUGAUACAGUUAAAAAUGUGAUCAUUUUUCACCUGUGCAAUUGAUCAUAUAUUUAAAUUGCACUAAGACAUAUUUUAGAAAACUUUUGAUGAUGCCGAGGUAAGUUAACAUUACAUGAAAAUAAUUCUUAACACUGGCCAGAUACCAUCCUAAUCUUGCCAUUUUUCUAGACUUUUAAGACAGACUCUUGUAUUGUAAAUAUUUAGAUGGGCUCUCAUUUUUCUUGGUUACUCCUGAACUUCAAACAAUUCACGUAGCUCAAGACCGUAAAAUGACCAUAAGUUGUAUAAGAGAACAUGUCAUGUCAUUCUUGCCUGCAGUAAGACCCGGCCAAUCAAAACUCACUGCAUCUGUAACUUCCAAACAGAAAAUAUUUUGUUUGUUGAUUUGUAAAGAGAGUUUAGAUGUCAUGUUCAAAGAAAAAUAGAAUGUAGUGAAAUUUUAUAUAUUUAUGAAAUAUUUGAAAGGCAUAUUUUUCUAAUUAUCAAAUGGAGCUAUUCGUAAAGUAAAUUGUAUGUAAAGAUGUCGUAACUUAAAAUAGUUGUAUUUAAGUCAGGGUCAACAUUCCAUGUAAAUAUUUGACCUUUGUUCAUACACAGACUCACAAGCGUGUUCUAUGUGCACGGCACAUCUGACAUAGCAUUAUCCACUCGAUUUCCUUCAGACAGGUCAGAUUUCACAUUAGAAAAGAGACAAAAACUCUACUGCAAUAGCCUUGAUACACACACUAAAAUAAUCAGACUAAAUGUUACUUGAUCCAAAUAGCGAGUUCUAUGUUUAUUAACUAAAUAGCAAACAAUUUAGUUUUUUAAGAUAGUGGGGAAAAGGGUCCCCAGAUCUGAUGCUAAAGCCGUAAAGUUAUAUGGCUGCUCUAAGAAAAUACAAGUCUUACGUAGAGUUUGGGUAGAAUAUAUUCCUCUUUGAACACAGACUAAAAUUUCCUAUAAAUCAAGACUUCCUGUACAAAGAGUAAUGGGAAACAUGUAAUUAUCCAGGCAGUGGUCUGAAUAAUUUAGGCAGUCCACAUUCUUUACCGUGGAGGUAGAGGGUAAGUGUAAUGUUGUGGAAACUGAGUGCUUUUUGCUGUCGGAAGCAAUGGGGUGUUAUUUAAAAAUCUAACUGUCCAGACUGUUCUCCCUUUUCACACUAGAGCCGAGCAAUGUUCUUUUAAAAAUGAUAAGGAAUCUUUUAUUAGAUAGUCUAUAUGGUGUUGUAAGUGACAUUUAUAUGGCCACGUGGAUGCUUAGAGCUUAGGUUAAAACUGAGUUAGGCAGGGCCCCGGCCUUGUUGACAAUUGUAGCAAAAGGCCCUGGACUCUGUGUCUGCACCCAGACCUCCAACGCCUACAGAGAUGCGUCUGGGGUUCCUCAUGCACUAGUUUUUGGAGCAGCCGGCUCCUAGCACAGAGUGUCAGCCACCAGUGGAGAAGAGGAAUGUUCGUAUUUUUAAGUCCAUAUGUUUAAAAUCCAAGAUCAAGAAGGAAAUUCUGUACUCCCAUGAUUAUCAAAUCGGUUAAAAAUAAAAAGGUGAAAUUGAAAUAUUCCCCCUUGUUUUACUUCCUCAUAUAAAUGUUCUUAAUAUAUGUAAGGCUGACAUUCCUGGUAUUGUAUAAUGAUUGAAUGUAUCUAAAUUGUAAUAUAAAAUCGACAAAACAUGUAAUCUUUGCAGAUUUACAGAAACUGUUAUUCAAAGCUUCUCGAAGAUCUAGAUUUUUAUUAUUUAUUUUCGUCUUAACUAGUAAAGAUUUAUAAAUGAAUGUAAUGGAAAACCUUUGAUCUUAAUAAAGUGUCUUCAAGUUA